GAAAAAUUGACACCGAACGGUGAGGUAGGCUCUUUUUCUGUUUUCAGAACUUUAUUGUGAAAAUUCCGUGAAUUUUGUGGCUAUUUGUUACAAAAUACGACUCUUUGAUGCUUUUUAUUUACUGAGGGCAGCGUAUAGCAGAGGGCUGCAUCAGUGAAGCUUUAACAACAGCAAUGGUAAUGGAGGCGUCCCCGUCACCACAAAGCGUCGGACGCGAGUUCGUCCGACAAUACUACACGCUUCUCAACAAGGCGCCCGACCAUCUGCACAGGUUUUACAACAACUACUCGUCAUUCGUGCACGGCGGUCUGGACGCGCCGAACCGCGAGACGCUACCGGUGGUCGGUCAGAAACAGAUCCACAAUCGGAUACAGCAGCUCAACUUCCGCGACUGCCAUGCCAAGAUCAGUCAGGUGGACGCGCAGGCGACUCUCGGCAAUGGCGUGGUGGUGCAAGUGACGGGCGAGCUGUCCAACGGGGGCGCCCCCAUGCGCCGCUUCACGCAGACCUUCGUGCUCGCCGCGCAGUCGCCCAAGAAGUACUACGUGCAUAAUGAUAUCUUCCGUUACCAGGACUUCGUGUUCUCCGACGAGGAGGGUUCCGGAUCGGGUCGGUCGGACGCAGAGGAGGAGGAGGGCGCGGCGGGGGGAUACUUCGCGCCCGCCUUCCCGCCCGCCCCCUUCCCCGCCCCGCCCGCGCCCCCGCUCGCGCCCAUGGUGUCGCCCCCCGCGCCCGCGCCCGCCCCUGCGCCCCACCUUAACGGACACCCGCCCAUUGAUGAGCAGCGAAUGAUGGCCAUGCAAGCGAACGCGGUGAGUGUGGGUGCAGCGGUGCCCGCGCCGGUAAGCGAACCCGCACCGGAACCCGCGCCGGAGCCGGUCGCCGAGCCGGAGCCGGAGCGCGAGCCGACGCCGCCGCCGCAACCAGCCGCUCCGGUGGUGCAGGCGCCGCCCGAGCCGAAGACGUACGCGAACCUGCUGAAGUCGGGGUCGGGGGUGGGCACGCGCUCCUCACCGCCCGCCCAGCCGCCGCCCGUGCCCGCCCAGCCGGCGCCGCAGCCCGCCCCCGCCCAGGAAGCCCGUCCCCGCCCGCCGCGCGCCGCCCAGCCUAACAAUGCUGGCGAGUCGCGUCGCUACUCUGACGCGCAGCAGCUGUUCCUGGGUAACCUGCCGCACUCCGCGACGGAGGAGGAGCUGCGGGCGCUGUUCGCGCGCUUCGGGCCCGUCGCCGAGCUACGGGUGCACGGCAAGCCCGCCGCGCCCGGCGCCCCCCGACACCCCAAUUACGGCUUCAUCACGUACGAGACUGCGCAGGCCGCUGCCGACUGCCUCAGUGCCGCGCCGCUGUACUUCCCGGUGGAGGGCGAAGCCCCCGUGAAGUUGAACGUGGAGGAGAAGAAGGCGCGCGCCCGCGAGCCGCCGCGCCGCCGCCCGCUGUCCUCGCACCGCGCCGCCUUCACGCCGCGCCAGCCCUACCGCCGCUAGCCGCCCGCACACAGACCCGUGGGUGUCAUGUGCGGGCGCGGCGCUGGCGUGUGUGAGCGGGCGCCGGCGACGCGGCCCCGUGUAAUUAAUACGUUUACGACUACGUAAAGCUGACCCGACUGUUGACACCUAGCUCGUCGACGCUGCAUUAUUUUAGGUUCCUCGAUUCUUUCAAUUUAUCUCGCGAGUCGACCGGACGUGUGUCAAUAGACGGGCGUUUUACCUUGUAACUUCCCGCGCCCGGUUUAACUUCGCUUCGCAUAUCGCUUUCUUAAGUAGUUAGAUAGUAAAUUAAUUUGUGCCGUCGGGCCCGAUACGGCGAGCGCGCGUGUCACGUAGUAUCGGCUCUGUCGGCACUCAAGUUUUCGAGCGUCACUCAUUGUUCGAAAUAUAA